AUGGCCCCGAAGAGACUCGUUUACUCUGGGGAUCGAGUCGUACUACUAGCACUUUAUCUCCAACGCCUGCGUGUAAAACACCUACUCGAACGAAAAGAGAAAAAAGAAAAAUUUGUCCACUUGCAGAUAGCGCUCGUCCUCGCCAUGGCACUGGCCGCGGCCCACUCCAGUGUGAUCCCAGCAGCCCCGGUGGCAUACGCAGCCGGCCCGGCGCCUGUGGUCGCAAAAAUCGACGACUACGACCCCCAUCCCCAGUACUCGUACGCCUACGACGUCCAGGACUCCCUGACCGGGGACUCCAAGGCUCAGUACGAGACCCGCGAUGGUGACGUGGUCAGAGGCAGCUACUCCCUCAUCGAGGCCGAUGGCACUCGCCGCAUCGUCGAGUACACCGCCGACCCCGUGAACGGAUUCAACGCCGUGGUGCACAGAGAACCAGCCGUUAUCAAGGCCGCGGUGCCUGCCGCGCCGCUCAGGGUCCAUCCGUUCUUCCACUGA